AUGGUGAGGGAGAACAAAAUCAAGAAGACCAGAAAGAUGCGUGGACACGUGUCACAUGGGUAUGGGCGUGUUGGCAAGCAUAGAAAGCAUUCUGGAGGAAGGGGGCUUGCCGGAGGGUUUGGCCACAUGAGGAGCUACUUUGACAGGUUUCAUCCGGACUAUCAUGGCAAGAGAGGAAUGAGGGUGUAUCACAGGAGCAAAGAGCAUGAGUAUGCGAAGCCAAUCAGCUCAGCAAGGCUGUGGGGGCUGAUUCCGAAGACGCAGCGGAACGAGUACCUUGAUAACGACAGGGUGCCUGUGAUUGAUGUGAGGGAGUUUGGCUACCAUGUUGUUAUUGGAGGGAAACUACCGCUCGAAAGGCCGGUGAUAGUGAAGGCAAGGCAUUUUUCUGAGCCGGCAAAGGAGGAGAUAACAAGAACCGGAGGAAAGUGGAUAAUUACCUAUUAA